AUAGUUGUCAACAUCGUUUUGUAUAUGCCGAAAUUAUGUUGACUUCAGUAGCUUGUAAGACAUUUUUCGAUACUUUUCCAAAUUUGAUCUGUGGACGCUGUAAACUUAAUGGCGUGCAGGGAGCCACCGCAGACUGCGAUCGUCAUUAACUUGCUAAUUGGCGAUUUGGUUCAGGAUGCCGUUAACGAGCCCCGCAAACUGUCCGAGCAGAAGAACACCUGCCAGCGGCUCUUCGAUAUUUUGGGCUUUCAAGCCGACGAAUGUUUUGAGGAUUUGGAAGAUAGUGAUCCGGCUGCAACACACAGCUCGAUCACCGUACGCACCAAUUCAAAAUCGAAUCUAGGCGGAGCAAACAAACGGAAUUGGUACGGAUGGAUGUCCAAGGCAUUGGCGGAAGAAAAUUCGGAAGACGAUGUUGAGAUCUUCAGGAAGAAGGAUAGCGAUGUGCUCAAGGACAUCCACUCGAUCGGCGUGCAGACGGAACAGCCGCGCCGGCGCAUUAGAGUUUGUCCUGUGGACUUUGCCCCGGCUUUGGCACCCUGCGAAUCGACACGUCACACGAUAUUCAUCGAUGCCGUUUCCAUGCAGAUUCCAAAUGCACUAGGUCGACCACCGCUGGCCGAUCGUUUUUGCUAUAUGCUAACCGAUUUCGCUUCGGCACUAUAUUGUAGUCUCGCCAUCAUGUGUUGUUGCACACCCAAUAUGUUGAGAUAAAUUAGAAUGCGCAAUGCUGGUUGGAACUCUGUUCUGC